CGUACGAAGCCCAUAUAGAAUACAAGAGAUAUAAUUUGUAGAGAGAGAAAGUAAUAGAGAGAGAGAGAGGUUUGAGAAAAAAGUAGGGUUUUGUAACAAUGGCUGAGAGUGAUUUGAAAAAGGGUACAGUUAAGUGGUUCAACGAUCAGAAGGGUUUCGGAUUCAUUACCCCCGACGAUGGCAGCGACGAUCUGUUCGUUCACCAGUCCGCCAUCAAAUCCGAGGGUUUCCGCAGCCUCGGCGAGGGCGAGACGGUGGAGUUCACCGUCGAGCACGGCAACGACGGCCGCGCCAAGGCGGCGAACGUGACCGGUCCGGACGGUGCUGCCGUGCAGGGAACCACGCGCGGUGGUGGCGGAGGCGGUGGAUCUUACGGCGGACGAGACGGUGGUAGCCGAGGCGGCGGUGGCUACGGUGGAGGAGGUGGCUACGGCGGAGGUGGCUACGAUGGAGGUAGCAGAGGCGGCGGCGGAUACGGCGGUGGUGGCGGUGGAUACGGCGGCGGUGGUGGCGGAGGUAGCGGUUGCUACAAGUGCGGUGAGAAUGGACAUAUGGCUAGGGACUGUCCUCAGGGCGGAGGCGGCGGCGGUGGUGGUGCAAGGUAUGGAGGCGGUGGCGGUGGAAGAUCCGGUGGUGGCGGUGGAGGCUGCUACAACUGUGGCGAAGAAGGCCAUUUCUCGCGCGAAUGCCCUACUGCCAGCCGUUAGAUCUGAUUUGGAUGGUGGAUCUGUCUUUCUAUUUUAUAUUUAGUAUUAAUCUAGUUUUUAUCUGUUUUUUUUUUCUUUUUUUUUUUAAUUUUUUUUUUGAAGUUGUUUUGAAAUGGUGAACCAUUUGUUAUUCAUGGUUUGGUAAUUGUGGUCACUCUGCGGCAGUAUUAUGAUAUGACGAAUGUUUGGUUUUAAAUAUUUUGUGUUUGUU